AUGGAGAAAACUCGGGCCAUUGGUCUACUUGACGUUUUCUCCACCGUGCCUUCUUCCACACCCGCUAACCCCCCGUUCUUGGCGCCCAUCUUCACCGCUUUUGUGGGCGUCACUUUGUCGUCUGUUCUACAGUCCGUCUCGUCGGGCAGCCUCGCUUCCAUCUCGACGACCAGAACCGGCGCUACCCUUCGCUCGCAUGGGCUACAUGCUACCUCCCAGUUGGUGGGUGGUGGAGAGGCUCAAGCAGACGCCGUGAGCACCUCCUCCUCCUCCAGCAAUGUUGUCGACAUUAACUGGCCUCCUGGUUGUCACGCCGCUUCUUCAGCCUGCCAAUUCUCCGUCACCGACUGCCCCGUCGCCACUCGGCCACUAUCGCCCGGUCGUCUAGCGUCCGGAUCAACCUCAGGCUCCCGACGACCAUUGGACGGAGUGUCCACCUCUCUCGUCGGUCCAUUCUCUUCCUUCUCCUCGGCCGGCUCGCUCGACUCUCCACAGUCACACCAACAACCCCAACAGUACAGGGCGCUCGCGCCUCCGCGUCCCCCAGCCCCGGCCAGCCUCACGACUCCGGCUCGUCGUCUCUCGGUCGACACUCCCACCUCGUCUGUCGCUGCCGUCUCCGUCACCGACAGUGCUCUUCUCGUUCGUCCGACUCCGAGCUCAGGCCCUCUGCCUCCCAGCCGGCCGACCGGCCCUCCCCGAUUCGUCAAAACCCCUGACCCCAUACUGUCACCGGUCCCGAGCACUGGACUGGCUGACGCCAACCCUGGCCGAAUCAGAACCAUCUCGAAUCUACGACAACGCCAUUCAGUAACCAUCGUCAGAGGUUAA